AUGAACCGCUUCGGAACGCGCAACCUCCUUCGUCCCGUCCUGCAGCAGACCCAGGGAAGGCUCACACAAAGAUGCUACUCCAAUCUGCCGCCUCAGGGACCCCAUGUGGGUGAAAAAGGAACAGCAAAGGUGUACAACAAGGAUGGAACGAACCCCAACAAGAACUUCGUUUAUCUGGGAGCAGGCGUGCUAGGUCUCGGGGCCGUAUAUUUCAUGUUUGGAGGCAAGAAGAAGAGCGGGAAUUCGGCUGCGGCCGCGGCUGACCGAGCUGCUUGA